AUGUCUAUGAAGAAAAUGAAUAAUUUUUUUCGAGCUGAAAAAUAAAAGAAUUAUGAUAUUAAGAGAUCUUAGAAUUCAUCUAAUACAAAUCCAUAAUAAUUUAUAAAUAAGAACGAGGAUUAAUAGCAAAGUUAGACCAUAUAGAGAAAAGAGAAAUUUAUAGAAAACUUAUAGUAGAAUAAAAAGAAUGAUUUUAAUUCUGAUUCACAUUCAAAUAGUAGUAGUGAAGCAGGCUUAUUGUAAACAAAAAAGCUUUAAAAAAUAAUGGAAGAAGAUUAUGAUAAUGAAGCAUAAUCAGCAAUGAUGAGUGGUAUAUAAUAAUUAUUCUAAAUAUUAGAAAGUACUAUAUAAUAGUAUUAGCAUUUAAAAAAGAAUAGAAUUCUAAAUACAAAUAAUAAAUAUUAAGAAGAGAUUGAUAAUAGCAAAAUGAACAAUUCUAAAACAUAUACAAAAUAAGAUGAGAGUAGACAUUCAAAUAGUUAAGAUAGUUUUGAACCAAAUAUUCAGAUUUCAAGACGACAUACAGAUCGUUAAGAGUAAUUGUCAAAAUAAGUGAAUUAUUUUAAACCUCAAUAGUCAUAAUAGAUAAAUUAACCUAUAUCUAAUUUUAAAUUGGAAAUAGGAGUUUAAGUAAAUAAUGAUGAUGAAACUAAUCAUUUAAAUUAAUCAUUUAGUAAAUCAUCUAUUGAAUAAUCAUCAGGUAUAUCAUCAAGAGAUAAUUAAAAAAAUGAGAAUCAAAAUUUAUUAAGAUUAUUAGAUAAAAAUAAAAGAUUUUCAUAAUAGAAAAGUUAAGAAGGUAACAAUGAUUAAAAUUCUCAUAAACAAGAAUAAAAUUAACUUAAUAUAGAAUAAAAUUAUAAACCAAUUUUGAGUCAUUUAUCUAAAUUUUAAGCAAAUAAUAUACCUUAAUAGGCUAGAAUGAGUUAAAUUUCUGAGAAAAAAGUAUUAGAUUCAAUAUCAUAAUAAUAUUAAUAAUAUUCUUAAUAAAUAUAAAAUUAAAAUAGUAGAUAGGGUACUGUGUUGAAUACAUGUAAAUCAUUAAGUGGAGACAUAUUUACAUUGAGACCUGGAGAUAAAGUGAUAGUUGUAAAAAUUGAUUAAGAGAAAAAAUUAAUAUAAUGUGGAUAUCAAAAUAUGUUGGGGUUAUUUUAUCUUAGAGAUAUUGCAAUAAAAGAUGGUAUGAUUUAUGAUAAAUUUGGCAGAGUCCCAAUAAAAUUGUAAGUUUCAAAUAAAAUCAAGAACUUAAUCUUCGUUUGAAAUGAAAUAUAAAGAAUUACUAAAUGACAAAUAUAAUGCCAAAAGUAAAUCACCUAAUAAUCGUUCAUUUUAAGGAUAGUCUAAAACACCUCAAAAAAAGCCUUUCAUGAGGUUUUGA